AUGUCUGACAAAUCUAUUGUUGGUAAGACAGUACUCAAGCGACAUGAAGUUGCCAAGCCUAUACAUAUACAAAGGCUGGAAGCCGCCCUAGACAUCAGACCAUUCGUGAAUCAAGUGGAAAGUAUUCUCAACUCUGAUGAUGGGAGUGACAGUGAAGACUCUGAUGCUAAGUCAAUAGAAAAUGAAAUGACGAAAGGUGAUAAGAUGAUGCAUGGGAUUGUUACUUCAAAGCAAGAGCGUCAAAGUGAUCGAUUACGUCUAUACAAUUUAGCCUCUGUAGGAGAGGAGCGUGAAUGGCUCCGUGAUAUUCUGCUAUCCUCCAGUAAUGAGACAAGUAGUGAUGAUGAGACACCAGCUGGCAAAGAGAUAAGAAUAAAAAGACUAUUAAAAGAGAGAUAUUAUCACAAAAAAUAUGCUAAGAGAUAUUAUAAAGAUCCUGGGAAUUCUCGCUAUAUGUACUAUGGCGCUGGUCUUCUAUCUACUAUUGAUAGAUAUCCAGAAAGGCGAAUCAGUCGUCCUUUACCACCACAACCAGUCUCAAGGGGGCGCAGAGGCCGUCCAGGAGAAAGGGGCUCAGUCAGGGGCCUGCAAAAAGCUAGGAGAGGUAGAGUAAGGGAGAAUAGAAGUGGCUUAAAUGAAGGCAGUGAUGUGCCUGAUGGUGUGGACUGGGAGGAACAGCUGCGUAAUUUGAAAGAAGAAAAUGACACAGACGAGUUUACUAUUGUAGAAAAACCAGGAGUAAGGGGUCGAAAAAAAUUAUCAUCUUUGAAGAGUCCAGAAGCGUUGACUGCCCGUCGUCGCCGACAUUGGCAGCUCCUGGUUAAGAAGGAACUUGGCAAAGUGCAACGCGCCCGCAGUGCAGCGCAUCGCGAGAUGGUGCUGCAGAGCAAGCGCUUGGCCACACUCUGCUGCAAGCACUGGCGGCACGUCGCCAUGCAGUCCCAAAAGAACAUGAAAGAAACAGUGUGGCGGUGCAAACGGCUCAGUAGGGAGAUGCAGGCCUACUGGCGCCGGUACGAUCGCGCCGAGAGGGAGACCCGCCGCCGUAUGGAGAGGGAGGCAGAAGAACAGAGAAAGAUGGAUGUGGAACUAAUGGAAGCUAAACGCCAGCGACGCAAACUGAAUUUCCUCAUCACGCAGACCGAAUUGUAUGCGCAUUUUAUGCAAAGGAAAUUGAACGCGGGAGAUGAGGGUGACAGUAGUACGGACCGCAUACUUAGACAACUCGACGAAGAUAGAGAUCCCAGGCUUGCCGCAAUCGAUAAUUAUGAUAGUGAGGCGAUGAAGGCGCGCGCGUCGCGUAAUGCACGCGAGGCGUUCCGUGCGGAACGCGCGCGCACGCGGCAGUUCGGCGUGGGAGCAGAAGCGGAAGCGGGCGCGGAGGCUGGAGCGGAAGCGGGAGCGGGCGGCGGAGACGGCAGCGGCGCGACGGGCGGGCCGGCGGGCGACCACGCGCAGCCCUCCAUUUUCCGCGGCACGCUCAAGGGCUACCAGCUCAAGGGCAUGAACUGGCUCGCCAACCUCUAUGAUCAGGGCAUCAGCGGCAUUCUAGCGGACGAGAUGGGGCUGGGCAAGACCGUGCAGUGCAUCGCGUUCCUGUGCCACGUGGCGGAGCGGCUGGGCGUGUGGGGGCCCUUCCUCGUCGUGUCGCCCGCCUCCACGCUGCACAACUGGCAGCAGGAGAUGCAGCGCUUCGUGCCCGACUUCAAAGUGGUGCCAUACUGGGGAAGUCCUAGCGAACGAAAAAUCUUGCGACAGUUCUGGGAGCGUAAGGACUUGCAUACACGUCAAGCGGCAUUCCACGUUGUAGUAACCUCAUAUCAGAUUGUCGUCUCCGAUCUCAAAUACCUCAAUAGAGUGUCUUGGCAGUAUAUGAUAUUGGAUGAGGCACAAGCGAUAAAGAGCUCAGCUAGUAUGAGGUGGAAGUUAUUGCUGGGGUUCAGUUGCAGAAAUAGACUUUUGUUGUCAGGAACACCUAUACAAAACAGUAUGGCUGAGUUAUGGGCGUUGCUGCAUUUUAUAAUGCCGACGCUGUUUGACUCGCACGACGAGUUCAACGAGUGGUUCUCCAAGGAUAUUGAGAGCCAUGCUGAGAACAAGAGCACUAUCGAUGAGAAGCAUUUAUCGCGCUUACAUAUGAUUUUGAAGCCAUUCAUGCUUCGACGUAUCAAAAAAGAUGUGGAAAAUGAGUUAUCUGAUAAAAUUGAGAUUAUGGUUCACUGCCCUCUUACUAUACGACAGAGACUUUUGUAUAUAGCUUUAAAAAAGAAGAUAAAAAUCGAGGAAUUACUCCAUUAUUCAGUUGGAGCUGAGUCUGGUCACAGUGUAGAUAAGAAUUUUACUUCAAACCUUAUGAAUUUAGUAAUGCAAUUUAGAAAGGUAUGUAACCACCCAGAACUUUUCGAAAGGCGAGAUGUUAAAUCACCAUUUGCAAUGCAAGUCGAUGACUACCACAUUCCAAAAAUUAUAGCAGAGGAUGGUAUAUUGCUCCACUGUAUACCUUCAAAGCGACAUUUGCUGUACAACAAGCUGUCCAUAAUCUCUCCGGAGUAUGUGCACAGGAGUAUGAGUGUUGAUGAUGGUGUCAACAGGUGUUUCAGUUUCACAAGAUUCAUGGAUUUAUCGCCGAUGGAACUUUAUCGAAUAAUGUUGUGUGGUUGGUUGCGUGCGAUACAACAUUUAGAAUAUAGUCAAGAGAAAUUCGAAAAACUAAGGCAUAGAAGGCAAUGGUGGCGGCAUGACAUAGCGGGUCCUGUCAAACAAGAACAAGAAGAAGAACACACAGACAUACCAUCACAUUAUUAUGAUGCAGUGAACAGCAAAGAUCUAUUACUGAUUUGUCCUGAUGCCGAUAUCUUGAAACAGAGGAAGCAUGAUAGUUUGCUGUGGAGAGACAUUUUAUUCACAGAUCCCCUUUGGGUUGCAGGUGGUCCAUUUUAUACUCACACCGAUCACACAAUACACUACAUGCCCGAAACUGUCGAACAUCGAGCUUUGCGAUCGCGAAACUUGAAAGCAGAAGGACAGACUGAAAUGCUGAGUGAAAUAAAGACAGAAGAAGGCGGUGUGAUAGCUGUGGAGCCACAACCUGUGGAAGCUCCGGAGAUGCCGCAUAUAGAACGGCCACCAGUUACAUAUUUAGACAUGCCUACACCUCUGCCUGCCUUUCUGGUUACAGCUCAGCAAAAGGUGAUGGCGCACACGCGCGCGGCGUUCGCGGCGUCGCGCGCGCACGCGCACGGCGAGGCGCGCCACCGCCGCGGCGCGCGCGCGCUCGCGCACCUGCUGGCCGCCGCGCGCCCGCCCCGAGGCUGGGCCGAGCUGCAGGUGCCCGAUAAAAAUCAACUAGUUAGCGACGCGGGCAAAUUGACUGUCUUGGACUCUUUAUUGAAAAGACUGAAGGAACGGGGUCACAGAGUGUUGAUUUACAGUCAAAUGACGAAAAUGAUUGAUCUAUUGGAGGAAUACAUGUGGCAUCGAAAGCAUAAAUACAUGCGGUUAGACGGAUCCAGCAAGAUAUCUGCUCGACGCGACAUGGUCGCUGAUUUUCAGGCUCGCACUGAUAUCUUUGUUUUUCUGCUUUCCACGCGUGCUGGUGGACUUGGCAUUAACCUCACUGCCGCUGAUACUGUGAUAUUCUACGACUCGGACUGGAACCCGACGGUGGACCAGCAGGCCAUGGACCGCGCGCACCGGCUGGGGCAGACCAAGCAGGUGACGGUGUAUCGCCUCAUCUGCCGGGGCACCAUCGAGGAGCGCAUCGUGCAGCGCGCCAAGGAGAAGAGCGAGAUACAAAGGAUGGUCAUAAGCGGUGGUAACUUUAAACCAGACACGUUGAAACCAAAAGAAGUGGUAUCAUUGCUGCUAGACGACGAAGAAAUUGAGUUGAAGUAUCGACAAAAAUCAGAAGAGAAAAAGCUUAUGGAGGAAAGAGAGCGAAAACGAAAAUUAGGGAUUCUUUCACCACAAGCAGCGCCAGUAGAAGCGAAACGUUCCCGCGAGUCGUCCGAACCGGGUAGUCCACUACAAGUGGACGACGACAACGACACGCUUUCAGUCGAUACGACCCCACUUCCCUCACCUUUGCCGUACACGAACGUGCGGACGGGGUGGAGCGGCACGCGCAGCGCGCGCGGCUCGCGGCGCGGCCGGCCGCGCGGCUCGCGCCACGCGCUCGCGCGCCGCCCGCCCGCCGCCCCCUCGCCCGCCUCCUCGCGCCCCGCCUCGCCCGCCGCGCACCCCGCGCACCCCGCGCCCGCCUCACCCGCCGACACCGUGUCCGCGCUCGCCGCCGGCGCAGCGCUACUGCAGUCGGACGCGCCGCUGGAGGCGCUGGAGAAGCGCAGCGCGGUGGAGGCGCGCGGGCGGCGCGGGCCGGGCCGGCCGCGCCUGCGCGCCGCCGCGCCCCGCGCGCCCUCCCGCCGCCCGCGCCGCCCCCGCGAGCCCCUGCUCGUGCCGCUCGCGCCGCCGCCCUAG